GCUGCUGAUGGAGGAUUCCCACGCUGCUGGAUCCUGGUGUACUCCACUCCAUUUUUUCCCGCUCUCUUAACGUGAGUGUGAGUGUGUGUGAGAGAGAGAAGCCGAGUGUUGUUUACAGCGGCGGAUCUCCUGAGCUGAGCUGAGCUGAGCUGAAUCCGUCUGGCCGUUGCAGUGCAGCCCAGCGCCGCUGUGUCCACACUGUGGAACCAAACCUGCUGCUGGUGUUUUUGUCAGAGAUAAAAAACAAGAAUCAUCUAUGAUUUUCUCUUUUUUGUGGUCGACGUGGGAAAAAAGGGUCCCUUCCAAAAAGCAACCCAAGAGCUGCUCUGCUUUCUCCUUCCUCGCGUCUCGAAAGGAGGAAAAAAACAACAGGAGGAUUUAUUUGGACUGAAAAACAGCCCGUGAGAGCGGGGUGAAGGCAGGCAGACUGAGAGAGAGAGAGAGAGAGAGAGAGAGAGAGAGAGAGAGAGGCGGGGAGAGAGGGGGCUGCUGCAGCUGGUGUGAAACCAUUUUUGUCCUGGCGGAUAUUUUGGAUGGAGCACUGUUGGGAGGCUCGCUGAGCGGCUCGUUCAUUCAUAGCCUGUCCGGGUCUCUCCAUCCUCUCUGGAGCGACCUCGCGGUCUCCUCACUCACGCGCCGCGGGGCUCGUGGGGGUCCUCCUCGGUCGGGCCUACAAACCCCCUCACUCACUCACACGCUGGGGCUCAGCGGGGCAUUUUGGCGGACGGAGCGCGAGCGAGGCUAACCGACUUAGCUUCCGAGGGGCUUUCUCUCUCUCUGUGUCUCUCAAGAAAUGGAGGCUGAGGACGCGGACUGUCGUUCGUGUGAAAUUCGUGGCUCGACUGUUUUCAUAAGUCACGCGGCGUCGCGUCGCUGGCAGGAAUAACGAGACGUUUUACUGCUCUAAUUCACCUGAACGCGCUCUCUGAAGGAAAGAGGGAUCUGCUGCUGGUACCAGAAGUUUUACUGGCUGCUUCUUCCCACCUCGCUUCAGCGCACGAAGGAAAACAACAACGCGGAUUUGUUUUCCCCUCACACACUCACACAUUCACUCUCUCACUCUCUAUCCUUACAUGUAGAGGAACUGUCGAGUCAGAGCUGCUUUUUAUUCGUUUUUUUCCGCGCUCUCGAGCGCGCUGUGCUGUGUUAUAUUUGUGGGACAAGGCCUUUCUAUUUUCGGGAGAUUGAUUAAUGUGACAGGAAUGAGAUCUGGAACGGCGAGGAGUAUUUCGACCUUAUUCUGGGGUCUUGUGCUCUGGCUCUCUGCGAGCUGCCCGUGGUCCGCCAGCGGAGAGAUCUGUGGUCCUCACAUCGAUAUCCGGAAUGACAUCAGCGAGUUCAAGAAGCUGGAGAACUGCACGGUGGUGGAGGGCUACCUGCAGAUUCUCCUGAUAGGAGACAAGAACCACAACCCAUACCAGGAGUUCCGCUCCCUCAGCUUCCCCAAGCUCAGGAUGGUGACCGACUACUUGCUGCUGUUCCGAGUGGCGGGCCUGGACAGUCUCAGCAUGCUCUUCCCCAACCUCACAGUCAUCCGAGGACGCAACCUCUUCUACAACUACGCCCUUGUGAUCUUCGAGAUGACCAGCUUGAAGGACAUUGGCCUGUACAGUUUGAAGAACAUCACGCGAGGGGCCAUCAGGAUUGAGAAGAACCCAGAGCUGUGCUAUGUCGACUCGGUGGACUGGUCACUCAUUAUGGAUGCAGAGUUUAACAACUACGUCGCUGGGAACAAGCCGUCCAAAGAGUGUGGAGAUGUGUGCCCUGGCAUCAUAGAGGAGAACCCAGAGUGCCCCAGGACCAGCUUUAACGACAACUAUAGCUACCGCUGCUGGACCUCCAACCACUGCCAGAAAGAGUGCCCACCCGAAUGUGAGCGGCGGACGUGCACGGAUAACAAGGAGUGCUGCCACCCACAGUGCCUGGGGAGCUGCACUGAACCUGACAACGACAUGGCCUGUGCCGCCUGCCAACACUACUACCACGAGGGUCGCUGUGUGCCCGACUGCCCACCGGGCACCUACCGCUUCGAAGGUUGGCGCUGCAUCACUAUGGAGACAUGUGCCCGGGUGCAUCUGCCCAGUGAGGUGGACUUCGUCAUCCACAAUGGCGAAUGUAUGCCCGAGUGCCCGCCCGGAUUCACCCGCAACGAGAGCCAAAGUAUGUUCUGCAGUGCAUGUGACGGCCUGUGUGAUAAGGUGUGUGAGACUAAAACCAUUGACUCCGUGGACGCCGCUCAGUCUCUGCAAGGCUGCACUGUCAUCAAAGGCAACCUGCACAUCAACAUUCGCCGGGGCAAUAACAUUGCAUCAGAGCUGGAGAGUUUCAUGGGGCUGAUCCAGACAGUGACGGGUUAUGUGCGGAUCAAACACUCACACACUCUGGGCUCCCUAUCCUUCCUGAAGAGCCUGCGCUAUAUUAACGGGGAGGAUCUUUUAGACCACAUGUAUGCAUUCUCAGCACUUGACAACCAGCACCUGCAGUACCUGUGGGACUGGAGCCAGCACAACUUGACCAUUCGGGCAGGAAAGCUCUUCUUCCGCUCUAACCCCAAACUCUGCUUGUCUGAAAUCCGCAAGAUGUGGGAGAAAACAGGCAUCACAGAAAAAAUGGAGGAAGAUGACAUCCGCAACAACGGCGAGCGAGCCAGUUGUGAGACUCAUAUCCUGAAGUUCAAAUCCAACCAAACACAGAGCAAUCGAAUAAAGCUCACAUGGGAGCGUUACCGACCGCCGGACUACAGAGACCUCAUCAGCUUUAUAGUCUACUACAAGGAAGCACCAUUCCAGAACAUCACUGAGUUUGACGGGCAGGACGGCUGCGGGUCCAGUAGUUGGACUAUGGUGGACGUGGACCUCCCUCAGGAUAAAUCCCUGGAUCCAGGAGUGCUGCUGUACCCACUCAAGCCCUGGACACAGUACGCAGUCUUCGUGAAAGCCAUCACCCUUGUGGUGGAGGAUAAGCAUAUUUUGGGGGCCAAGAGUGAAGUGGUCUACAUCCGCACCAAAGCCUCAGAGCCCUCAAUGCCCCGGGAUGCUCGUGCGUAUGCAAACUCCUCGUCAUCUCUAGUGGUGAAGUGGUCUCCUCCUAUCUCUCCCAAUGGGAACUCUACCUUCUACCUGCUCCGCUGGCAGCAGCAGCCUGAGGACCGCGAGCUCUAUCAGCACAACUACUGCUCAAAAGAAUUGAAGAUCCCGAUCCGAAUCUCAGCCACAGCCCUGUCGGACGUGGAGGAGGACACUAAGCCCACAAAAUCAGACGCAGGCAGUGCUGAGAAGGGCCCAUGCUGCCCAUGCCCCAAAACCAAGGAGGAUCUAAAAGCCGAAGCUGAGGAGCGUGCCCUCAGCAAGGUGUUUGAGAACUUCUUGCACAACGCUGUCUUCACACCCAGGCCUCCAGACAGACGUCGUAGGGAUCUGUUCGGGGUGGCUAAUGGCACAUUAGUGCGUGGUUUGGGCCAGAAUGUAACCAUGCAGGAUGGCAACAUGACUGACCCGGAGCUUGUGGAGCGUGUGUAUCCGUUCUCAGAGACCACAGUGUACACUGAGUUCAUGGAGAUUGUGAACCUGCAGCCAUUCACCGUCUACCGCAUCGACAUCCACGCCUGCAACCAUGAGGUUGAGCGCUGCAGCGCCGCUGCUUUCGUCUUUUCCCGGACCAAACCUGCAGAAAAAGCAGACGAUAUUCCCGGCCCAGUGACUCAUGAGAAGGAUGAGAGGGCAGAGGACAUGGUUGUGCUGAGGUGGCCUGAACCCCCUCGACCCAGCGGACUCAUUCUUAUGUAUGAAAUCAAGUAUCGUCAGGGAACAGAGCCUGAGAAGCACGAGUGCGUGUCACGUCAGCAGUACCGGGAGCUGAGAGGAACAAGAUUGACCAACUUGGGUUUUGGCAAUUACUCGGCCCGAGUGAGGGCUACCUCACUGGCUGGCAAUGGCUCCUGGACCGAGCCAGUGUCCUUCUACGUUCCUCCACCUCACCAAGCCUAUGAGAACAUGCUCUAUCUAGCCAUCACUGUCCCCAUCAUAGUGCUGAUCGCGCUUAUUGGCCUCAUCAGCACCAUCAUCAUUGUUAAAAAGAAGAGGCACAGUGAUAGAUUGGGGAAUGGGGUUCUAUAUGCCUCUGUGAACCCUGAGUACUUCAGUGCAGCAGAGAUGUACGUACCAGAUGAGUGGGAAGUGGCACGGGAGAAGAUUACUUUGUGUCGAGAGCUGGGUCAGGGUUCCUUUGGCAUGGUGUAUGAAGGCAUUGCCAAAGGUGUUGUCAAGGAUGAACCUGAGACCAGGGUGGCCAUCAAGACGGUCAAUGAGUCAGCCAGCAUGCGCGAACGCAUAGAGUUCCUCAAUGAAGCCUCCGUCAUGAAAGAGUUCAAUUGUCACCAUGUGGUGCGGCUGCUUGGCGUGGUUUCACAAGGUCAGCCCACUCUGGUGAUCAUGGAGCUGAUGACACGAGGGGACCUGAAGAGCUACCUGCGCUCCCUCCGCUCCAAACAGCAAGGGUCAUGUAGCCAACACCUGCCAUCACUGAAGAAGAUGAUUCAGAUGGCCGGGGAAAUCUCAGACGGCAUGGCAUACCUCAAUGCCAACAAAUUCGUCCACCGGGACCUGGCUGCCAGGAACUGCAUGGUGGCCGAGGACUUCACCGUCAAGAUCGGAGACUUUGGCAUGACGCGAGACAUCUACGAGACGGACUACUAUCGGAAAGGAGGCAAAGGGCUACUGCCGGUCCGCUGGAUGUCCCCUGAGUCUCUGAAAGAUGGCGUUUUCACCACCAACUCUGAUGUCUGGUCAUUCGGGGUAGUGUUGUGGGAGAUAGCUACCCUUGCAGAGCAGCCUUACCAGGGCAUGUCCAACGAGCAGGUAUUGCGCUUCGUCAUGGAGGGAGGACUCCUGGAUAAGCCGGACAAUUGCCCAGACAUGCUUUUCGAGCUGAUGCGGAUGUGCUGGCAGUACAACCCCAAGAUGCGACCCUCCUUCCUGGAGAUCAUCAGCAGCAUAAAGGAGGAGCUGGAGCCGUCCUUCCGGGAGGUGAGCUUCUUCUACAGUGAGGAGAACAAGCCCCCUGACACCGAGGAGCUGGACAUGGAGGUAGAGAACAUGGAAAACGUUCCGCUGGACCCUGCUUCCACCUUGGCCCCAGCCUCCUCCCAGGCGGCCCAGCCCAUUGCCCCAGGGACUCCGCUGGCCGCGGGCCCCACCCCCUCCACCUCCCCCCCUUCCUCCACGACUUCUCCGGGCGUGGCCCUGGACAAGCACUCAGGACAGGCAGCAGCCAACGGGCCCGUGGUGCUACUGGGUCCGGCCUUCGACGACACGCAGCCGUACGCGCACAUGAACGGCGGCCGUAAAAAUGAGCGAGCGCUUCCGCUGCCCCAGUCAUCGGCCUGCUGAUUCAUCCCCCCGCACCCCUUUCCCCCCUCAUACAGGGUAACUCAUCAUCCCCUCACCCCCUUUUUGUCUAUGUUGUCACAUGUACUUUUUUUCUCACCUGAAGAGUCAAACUCAAGUUGAUAACCAGAUAGACAAUAAAUUGCUACUGUAAAUCAGUAGAUUGCUUAUUUUUAUGAUUAUUAUUCAGAUUAUUAUCUUCAUUUCACCACAGCAAAGGAUUUGGGAGAAGUCCAAGUGCAUAGGACACUAAAAAGCUAACGUAACGCUCUGGCAAUAUUAAAGAUCACUCACCUAACCAUCACACUGGGGAGCUGCAACUGGCACCUCAUUUGUGUUUUUUUUUUUUAUCUUUUUCCUAAAGGAAGUUAAACAGGUAUAGCACAUUCUCUGCCAGAGAGUCAUAUUAAAGAGAAAUUUGCAUAUCAGCCAGCAAGCCCAACACCUGAGCACUUUUUAUUUUAAAUGACAGGUUUUUUUGUGUGUGCAUGCAUGAAAAGUGUAUGUGUGUUUUUAUAGAAAAAUGCACAUAUUAUUCUUCGCCAUGCUGCGCAUCUCUUCCUCCGAACUGUUUCUUCAUCAUCACAUUUCUCUUCCACGGAGGAGUGGAGAGGACCUCCACUGCUAGGAUUGCUGUUGGUCCUCUGUGUGUUCGAACCGUUCACCUGAUUGGUCAUGUUGACCAUUGCUCCACCCGUCUUUUUCAGUAAAUUUCAGAUGCGUCAAUAAAAAGAUGGAUGGGCCUUUUUGAAACUGCCAAACGUUUGCCAAAUCAAUGCUUCUUUUUUUGUAUUUAUCAUCAUGUUCAUGUUCUCUCCUUUGCUCCCCAACAAUUCUUUCAGUUGGACAAGAAAGGAUUACAAUCAAGGAACUAAGCUCUUACACUGGCUUCACUUUUUUUAUUUGUUUAUUUUUUUAUGUCAUAAUUUGCAAUCAACUUGGUAAAGGAGUUGGUCUACUCUCCCCUUUGGAAUGGCUCUGAUUUUGACUGUGAAAUGGCCGUGUCCACUGCAGAAUGGACAGAGAUGGACAGCUCUGACGGUGUUUUUUCAAAUGAAAUGAGAACAGUGUGGCACCAAACGAAGACAAAUAAACAUGCACCGACUGCUGAGCCAAAUAUGAAGCAUAAGGGAUUGGCUCGAAAAUGAAGCAAACAGUGUGGGGUAGGGGGAUAGCUGGUUUCAACAUUUGUUUGGAAUGACAAGCAUUUGUUUGCAAAGGAAAGUGAGGCAUUGUACA